AUGUCUUUUGCGAUGCAUGCGUUGGGUCUGUAUUGCGUGAAGGCAGUGCUGGAUUCUGGUAGAGUUCGUGGUGUCAGGGCUGAGCAUUUCAAGCGCAAGCGAGCUCUCCGGCAGCGGGAUCCGCUGACUGUGGCCCAGGUUAUCGUGCUUGAAAAGUGUGUCAUGGAUGCUGACGCUGCUGACAAGGACCGGAUAGCGGCUGACUUCUUCUUGGUGUGCAUCUAUGGCCGACUCCGCUAUUCAGAUGCGCAGCACAUUACCAUAUUUCCCAGCCAUGGCCAGCACAUGGAGAACCGGAAAGGUGGGGGAAGGGGAGUACGUUCUACCUUCGACGCUGCGGGAAGCAACUGUUGA